AUGCAGCCGUCAACAUGCCUUUAUAGGGGUGAAAAAUCUGAGAGUCAUUGUGAAAAGACUGUGUCUAUCACAGAUGCACGGGGAAGAUGUAGCGGGAUUCAGAAGAUUUAUGUCUGGCAGCCUGGAAAUGUCCGUUACUUGGGACAGUAUGUAGGCCGGGUUCAAGUAGCAAACAACACAGGAAAUGCAACUCUCUCCAUCUUCAACAUGCGGCCCUCAGACACUGGGCUUUAUAUGUGUUCGGUUUACAACUUCGAGGACGCUACCAACAAGCAAGAUGAAAAAUCAGUGUCGGUCAGCGUGUUAGUUCCUCCUUCAAAGCCGCUCUGCAAUUUUGGUUCAAGCCAUCAUCCUAAAGUUGAAAUUGGCCACUUGAUCACCUUAGCCUGCAUUUCGGAAACUGCUCUGCCAAAGCCAAUCUACAAGUGGUACAAAAUAACUGGAGAUAAACCGCAGCCUGUUACUGAAUCAUAUAAUCCUUACUCAGGGCGCCUGGUUCUAGGCAACCUGUCCCAGUUUGAAGAGGGUCAUUACCAGUGUACAGCUGUCAACUCUCUUGGGAACAGCUCCUGUCACAUCGACCUCACUACAAAACAUUCAGAAAGCGGCAUCAUUGUGGGAGCCAUAAUUGCGGCCAUUCUGGCUGCUGCCUUGAUUUGUAUCAUUGGUUGGAUUGUAAUCUCCAGAGAGAAGAAGAAGCGGAGAAAAGAGAAACCUGCAGCCAAGGAAAUGCAGCCUAUGGCUGCAAAGGCGGAAUAUGCUGUGGUGCCCAGCCAAGCCACCGUUCCCGUGGCUGCAGUCCCACCAAACAAGGAUCCUAAUGAGAAUGGAGAAUACGAGAGCCCGGAAGAAGCCCAGAUUGCCAUAUUGUCUGAAAAUGAGACACAGGAAAUGGGCCAUCAACCAGUUUCCUAA